AUGAGGAAAUCGUCGUCGUAUGCUGAGUUUGACCCGGAACUGGGGGACCUCCAGAAAAAGCGGUCGUUGAUCCGCAGAGACCGUAAGAGAAUGGACGAAAAUAACCCUCGCUUCCACUACACGCAAGUGGCCAAUCAGCAGCUGGACCAUCUUCGUAUACAGCCGUCGCUGACCGGGUUGGACCCAACAGUGACCCAGGAGCGGUCUGGGCGGCCCAGUUUUCAGCUGAUGCCGCACGUGGACGAAGAAGAGGGCAUCCCAUUGAUGGAAAUGGAAGCUUCGCCUAGAGGCGGGCGUGAGAUUAUUGGGUUAAACGACGAGGUGCUGCCGAAGAAGAAGGGCACUGGUGGAAACAAGAGUACGAAAAAUGUGCCCAAACCCGGUGGAGCCAACGCUGCGGCCGCCAGAGGCUCAGAUAUGUCGUUUUGGAAAUUCUACUGUUAUUUGAUCACUUUCUGGGCACCAGGUCCACUUCUCGGGCUUUUCGGGCUUAAAACCAAAGAUAGACAAUACGCCUGGAGAGAGAAGAUGGGGCUCAUCUCGUGCAUCUUAUACAUUGGUGCGUUUGUCGCCUAUAUCACAUUUGGAUUCACAAGAACCGUUUGCCACAAUACCACAAUCAAAACGAGAAACAACGAGGUAUCCACAGGUUACUUGAUCAUCAAUGGCCGUGCGUACGAUUUGACGCUGUCGCAACACCCAAAAGCUGCCGGCAUUCCUGGAGGCUCCAACAUCUUAUACCCUCCCAUCAAUGCUGGCGGGAUGGAUGGUUCAUUCCUUUUUCAGAAUGUUAACGGUAACUGCAAGGGCCUCAUCAAACCUAGAGACAACUGUUCGAUUCCAUACAACGGUGACGAGUUGGCGUGGUACAUGCCGUGCCGCUUGUUUGCCCAAGACGGCUCCACUGAACCCAACAGAACCCACGUGUACUACGACGGGUGGGCGUGCCACACCUCUUCGGAGGCGAGAGACGUCUACUACAACAUGGAAGUGAAUGGUGAUGUGUACUUCACCUGGGACGAUAUUCGCAACAGUACAAGAAACUUGGUUGUAUUCUCAGGUGACGUGCUUGAUUUGGACUUGAUUGAGUGGAUUCUGAAAGACGACGUUACCUACCCACAGUUGUUCGACACCUUGCGCACGGAUCCACUUUUCAAAGGUCACGAUAUCCUGAUGGUGUUGGCCAGCGGCGAGGACUGCCAGGCGGCAAAGUGCCUCAGUGAGAUUAUCAAAGUGGGUGUCAUUGAUUCCGAAACGGUUGGGUGCAUUUGCUCGAAGAUUGUCUUGUAUGUGUCGCUUGUCUUUAUUUUGUCCGUUGUUAUUGUCAAGUUCCUCAUGGCGUGCUACUUCCGCUGGUGGAUCGCCCUGAGGCAGGGUGCCACGGAGUUAGACAACAAGUCGACUUAUGAGCGUGAAAAGGAGAUAGAAAACUGGGUGGACAAUCCGUCUGCCGCCGCACCUCUCACUACUGUACCUGUCAAAGCUCGUGCUGACUACAGACAGCAAAAGACAAACCGUCAGAGUGUUUUUAUCAAGAGCUCGCAUGCCCAAAAGUUAAUUCCUGCCUCAGACAUCAACAAGUACUAUGAAGAUGGCGAAAACAAGCUCUCUAAGACGUUCAAGUACACAACCAUGUCGACGCAGGCUGCAUUGCUCGGAAAAAGUAAAAAGGUUGGUAGAGAUCAAAACUCUCGCUCGAUGGUUUUUUCCCAUUCCAGAGCGUCCUCAAUUGAUUUGCUUUCUCGACCUGCGUCCAUGCUUGAUCCAUUCCAAGGACAGACGGAGAUGGUAAGUGGGUUAAGCCCUGAGUUGAUUCAUCCUGAUGUGGUGCCGCAGCCUCCAGUCGAGUACCAGCCUUAUGGAUACCCGUUGGCUCAUUUAAUUACUUUGGUGACAUGUUACUCGGAAGACGAGGAAGGUUUGCGUACAACAUUGGACUCUGUGGCCACCACUGAUUACCCCAACUCGCACAAGUUGAUUUUGAUGGUGUGUGAUGGUCUCAUUAAAGGUGCUGGCUGCGAUGUCACCACGCCAGAGAUAGCAUUGAGCUUGAUGACUGACUUUGCAAUUCCUCCCGAGGAUGUUCAGGCCUACUCUUACGUUGCCGUGGCUCAGGGCACCAAGCGUCACAACAUGGCUAAAGUGUAUGCUGGUUUCUACAAGUAUGACGACUCAACUGUUCCUCCUGAGAAGCAACAACGUGUGCCUGUCAUCACAAUUGUCAAGUGCGGUACGCCAGAGGAAGCUGGUACUGCUAAGCCAGGUAACAGAGGUAAGAGAGACUCGCAGAUCAUCAUGAUGUCCUUCUUUCAAAAGGUUAUGUUUGACGAGAGAAUGACCCAGUUGGAGUACGUGUUGCUUGAAUCAAUAUGGCGUGUUACAGGACUCAUGGCAGAAUUCUAUGAGAUUACAUUGAUGGUGGACGCUGAUACUAAGGUUUAUCCUGAUUGUUUGACCCACAUGUGUGCUGAGAUGAUCAAAGAUCCUAUGAUCAUGGGAUUAUGUGGAGAAACCAAAAUCGCCAACAAGAGAGACAGUUGGGUUACUGCCAUUCAAGUGUUUGAGUACUAUAUCUCUCACCACCAGGCGAAGGCUUUUGAAUCUGUCUUUGGUGGUGUGACGUGUUUGCCAGGAUGUUUCUCAAUGUACAGAAUCAAGGCGCCAAAGGGCAACAAUGGGUACUGGGUGCCAAUCUUGGCCAAUCCAGAUAUCGUGGAGAGAUACUCCGAUAAUGUCACCGACACAUUGCAUAAGAAAAACUUGUUGUUGUUGGGUGAGGACCGUUAUCUUUCAAGUUUGAUGUUGAAGACUUUUCCCAAAAGAGACCAAAUCUUCGUUCCCAAAGCGGCGUGUAAGACCAUCGUUCCAAACAAAUUCAUGGUGUUGUUGUCACAGCGUCGUCGUUGGAUCAACUCUACCGUGCACAACUUGUUUGAGUUGGUGUUGGUGAGAGACUUGUGUGGUACGUUUUGUUUCUCGAUGCAGUUUGUAAUUUUCAUUGAGAUGGUAGGUACCUUGGUAUUGCCGUGUGCGAUUGCCAUCACAAUCUAUGUCAUCAUUUUCGCCAUUGUGUCGACGCCUACGCCAGUCUUGUCGUUGAUUCUUCUCGCGGUUAUUUUCGGGUUGCCCGGUUUGCUUAUUGUGAUCACCGUGUCGUCGUGGAGUUAUGUGGUGUACUUCUUCAUCUACCUUAUCGCGUUGCCAAUCUGGAACUUUGUUUUCCCAACAUACGCGUACUGGAAGUUUGACGAUUUCAGCUGGGGUAACACGAGAACAGUUGCUGGUGAAGCGGCCAAUGCCGGGAAGAGUGGCCACGCCGGAGAUGGUGUGUUUGACUCGUCGAGCAUUGUCAUGAAGAGAUGGAGAGAGUGGGAAGGCGCCAGAAGAGAGGCGUUGGCGGCGCCGCAGUUAGCAUGGGACCCGAACCCAGAGAAGGAGGUAGAGUACUCUGAAGGGUCACUGGGGUCACCAUAG